AUGAUGCUUUUGUGUUAAGUGAAAGAACAGUCCGACUACAAUGAGCCUAAGGCUAAGGCUAAUUUGAACGUCCGAGAGAACUUCUACGAUGCCGAUGCACCACGACUGUACACGCCACAAUCUGUCGAGAAUACAGGCAGUCAUCAUCACGAUGGUAUGACGUUCGCUGUACUGCCGCAUCCUCUUGCCAGCGGUGGUCAGCCAGCGGCGCCACCACCAUCAUUGCUACUAUCACCGCCACCGUUGGCCGUCUUCUCCUCA